GCUUUUAUAUUUAUGUUGCACCGACUAGAAAGCUUCGUUGCUGUAAACGAUAAAAAAGUUAGAAGAAUCAAUUUGGCAAGAAAUAAUUUUUUGUUUGAAAAUGGUUUGUUGAUUUGUAAAGAAUGUAAUCAAUACAUUUCAAGUUAUGAUCAAGAUUUAGACGUUCAAUCUAUUCAUGAACAAUCAUGUAGUUUUAGUAGAAAUCGUCGUGUUAAUAAAUAUAAGAAGGAAACUGUUGAGCGAAUAUUUAAUAAUUUUAAAAUGAAGUCUGAUAUAAAGGAUAAUAUGUUAAAUGAAGAAAAUUUACGAUCUACGAUUGAAAUAUCCUUGGAAUAUGGUUUUAAAAAUUGGCCUUCAGAGAUGAAGGAGCUUGUUCCAAAAUUAAUUGAAAGUAAUUUGAUAUAUUUAAAUGUCGCAGACAUUACAUAUUGCGUCAGUUGUCAUCGUACUUUUGAUCGUUGGAAAAUAAAUUCACAACCGCUAACCAGACACGCCCAUGAAUCACCAAACUGUAAAUUUAUCAUACAAAUGGAGAGUAAUAUCCUUAAAGAUGUUCCAGAUGAAAUUUUGAAAGAAUUGUUAGCUGCUUGUGGAAUCUUUUUCUGUAACAAGAGAAAUACUACCGUUUGCUAUUAUUGCGCAACAGAAUUUAGAAAUUGCAAUUAUUGCGAAAACGAAAGUAAACUUACAGAAGAAUAUCACUUAAGCGAUGGCUUUAGAAACGUUGAUCAAAGAGCAACAAGAGCAUUGAUUGAUACUCAAGAGGUAAAUUUAUUAAUUGUUCACGGUUUUGAAUGGAAUAAGGUUUUAAGAUCAAUCGAAAUAUGUCAAAGACAAGAAAAAGAUUGUCUAUCACUUCAAAACGUUCUUAAAAACGUCGAAAGAUUAACUGAAAUACAACGAGAGGAGGAUUUAUUGAUUCCCGGUUACAAGUCUUCAAAUGAAAUUAAUAAUCUACCUACAGAAAUACCUAAAUCUUACGAGGAACUGAAAAAAUUGAAUGAAGUCAUUGAACAAAGCGGGAAGUGUCAAAACAUUAAAAAAAGAUGUUUAAAUCAAGCAAAGAUACUUUCUUUGCCUUGUGGUUGUAUAACUUCAUGCGAAGAAUGCGCUGACAAUAUUUUCUAUUGCCCAAGAUGUCAUCAAAUCAUACGAUCUAUGGUGAAAGGUAUCCGCUCCUAA